GAGGGCGCGAGGGAGCGGGCGGCGGGGCGGCGGGCGGCAGCUUCCGUCGGCGGCUGCGGAGAAGCACCUGGCGCGGCCGCCCGGGGAACGGCUCUCCCCUCCCAGAGCCGAGCUCCAGCUUGGGGAGCUGUGGUCCUGGGUUCGAGUGUGACCGCGACGCCGUGAAGCUGCCUCUUGAGCCUCGGUUCCAGGCAGCUCUAACUCGGAAGUCCUUGGAUGCAUCUGUGAGCGAGCCAGGAGUCUUCCUCUUUGCAGUUUCUGCUCAUCGGUUCUCACUGGGUUGAUGGACUUUCAGAAAAUUAAGAGCAAUAAACUAAGAAUAAAAUAACAGUUUGAAAAUAAAUAAAUAAAUAAAUAAAUAAAUAAAUAGAUAAAUAAAACAGUUUGAAUAUUGGUAUGAUGGGGUGGCAGUAGUGACUUUCUAAGGAUUUGAGUCUAAAAAGCAUCAAGAACACUGUGUAAGGAUAUUGAAUAAUACAUUUAAGAAAAAAUGGAUGAAGAACCAGAAAGAACUAAGCGAUGGGAAGGAGGCUAUGAAAGGACAUGGGAGAUUCUUAAAGAAGAUGAGUCAGGAUCAUUGAAAGCUACAAUAGAAGACAUUCUCUUCAAAGCAAAGAGAAAAAGAGUAUUUGAGCACCAUGGACAAGUUCGGCUUGGAAUGAUGCGUCAUCUUUAUGUGGUAGUCGAUGGAUCAAGAACAAUGGAAGACCAAGAUUUAAAGCCAAAUAGAUUGACUUGUACCCUAAAGUUGUUGGAAUACUUCGUAGAAGAAUAUUUUGAUCAAAAUCCUAUUAGCCAGAUUGGAAUAAUUGUAACAAAGAGUAAAAGAGCUGAAAAACUGACCGAACUCUCAGGAAAUCCAAGGAAACAUAUAACAUCUUUGAAGAAAGCUGUAGAUAUGACCUGCCACGGAGAACCUUCUCUCUAUAACUCCUUAAGCAUGGCUAUGCAAACUCUAAAACACAUGCCUGGACAUACAAGUAGAGAAGUCCUAAUCAUCUUUAGCAGCCUCACAACUUGUGAUCCGUCUAAUAUCUAUGAUCUAAUCAAGACCCUCAAGGCAGCUAAAAUUAGAGUGUCUGUCAUUGGAUUAUCUGCAGAGGUUCGGGUUUGCACCGUACUUGCUCGUGAAACUGGCGGCACAUACCAUGUUAUUUUAGAUGAAAGCCAUUACAAAGAAUUACUGACACAUCAUGUUAGUCCUCCACCUGCUAGCUCAAGUUCUGAAUGUUCACUUAUUCGCAUGGGAUUUCCGCAACAUACCAUCGCUUCUCUGUCUGACCAAGAUGCAAAGCCCUCUUUCAGCAUGGCGCACCUGGAUAGCAACACGGAACCAGGACUUACAUUAGGAGGGUAUUUCUGCCCUCAGUGUCGGGCAAAGUACUGUGAGCUUCCAGUUGAAUGUAAAAUCUGUGGUCUUACUUUGGUGUCUGCUCCACAUUUGGCAAGGUCUUACCAUCAUUUAUUUCCUUUGGAUCCUUUUCAAGAAAUUCCUCUAGAAGAACAUAAUGGAGAAAGAUUUUGUUAUGGAUGUCAGGGGGAAUUGAAAGACCAGCAUGUCUAUGUUUGUGCCGUGUGCCAAAAUGUUUUCUGUGUGGACUGUGAUGUUUUUGUUCAUGACUCUCUCCACUGCUGUCCUGGCUGUAUUCAUAAGAUUCCAACGUCUUCAGGUAUUUGAUUCCAGCAAUUAGUAGACAGUGGAUGCAAUAAAAGGACAUUUGCAACUGUAAAUAAAAUGAGUCUUCAGAAGAAGCUCCAAUUAAAAAUAUGAAGACGGAAAAUCUGAUUUAAGAAGCUGUUUGGUAAGAAGACUUAGGAUUGGGGUGCCUAGCUGGGUCCUUCAUCAGAGCAUAAGACUCUUGAUCUCAGGGUUAUGAGUUCGAGCCCCUUGUUGGAUUACUAAAAUAAACUUUUAAAGAGGGGAGGGGCGGGGGGGAAAAAUGUGGGAUUUUAUAUUUUAAAAUUUGUGUCCUUCACAGAAAUGCCCAGAAUACAAUAGUACUUCACUGUUAAUUUGGUUUAUAAUGUUUUCAAAGUCAUUAUACAUUAUUGUUUUUAAGUUACUUGUAAUAAUUAAAUUGAUACGUUAAUUUCAUU